CCUAACAUUACUAUUACCCUAUUAAAUAUAAUGCUACCGAUUUUCUUGAUUUUGGCAUAGUUGCACUAAUGGUCCACCAUAGCCACCACACGGGAGCUUCCCGCCGUGUAACCCCCUGUCAUCCUGUCAUCCUGUCAUCUUAUCCUUCAGCUCAAAAAGCUCAAAGAGCUCAAAGCUCCACAACUUUCUACCUAUCGUCUCCUUCGCAUCUCCUUUGUACAGCUCUAAAUAUAUACACUACAGCUCUACAUGUGCAUAGAACAUUCCAAUUCUAUGGUCAAUUCUAUGGCAAUACCUUCUAGAACAACCAUCUAAACGGCCAGAUGGCCACCCCACCUGCCGACUGUCAUAAUUAUCCCCCCGACAAUUACCACAGCCCCAAGUUCCCGUCCCUCUGCUGGCCUCCUCAGGACCCAUACUGCGCCUUAUAUUCGGUCUGGGACUCAUGGCGAUACACACUUCUUUGGACCCUGAUCCUCUAUGCCGUGUUCCAUUUCGGAGCCGUGGGCAUCGCCCUCGCAAUGCAGAUCGGAAAGCCGCGAUUCGUAUGGAAGUACAUGCUGGCCGUCCCAGCUAUAUACGCCUUGGUUGCUGGGGCUGAGGCGUUGUUCACCGGUAGCAUUGUUGGACUAUUGCUCGGCGCUAUCUACAUCUCUGGAUGCUACCAGAUGCCGACCUGGAUACCGUUCAUCUGGGGGUGGAUAAAUGUCUUGGUCUUGAUCGUCUCCUCCUUCACCAUUCAGGGAGGUCUAUAAAACCCUUUGCUACAGUCCGAAAUGAGCCGUGUAUCCAAGGGCAAUCGACCUAGAAAGACAUCUCAACCCGGAAACAAUGCAAUCAUCCCACAAUGGGAGAUAUCGAAUGAUGAGUGGCACACCCUACCGUGACGCCUCCAGCCGCAAUAGUUGCGUGAGGCAUUAAUAAACUCAAGGUGGUCCCAGCUGAUGUAUACGCCAUGCUGGCUAAUGGCUAUGAGUAUCAAGCUAACAAAGGACACUAGGAGACACAUAGCUAGUAUCAUAACAAUUAUAUACUUCUUAAGAUACACCUUGGUCUUUUUGGGUGCGAGACUUAGAAGAGGGAACGAGGUUAGUAGUUCCCGGUUUAAUAUAACCACGUCGAUAAUAUAGCCGUAUAACGGCACAAAUUUAUAGAGUCAGCCGUAUGAAGUCUUGAUAUUUCAAGCAACAUGUAUACUCUCUUGCUGAAAUACAAGGUUAUUGGAACUCUAGCAGCUCCGAACUUUUCCCAUUUUAUCAUCUCUCACAUUCUCUACUUAUGUGACCUGGCAAAGACAUGCCUAUAGACAUGCCUAUAGACAUAUGCCAAUGUCAUUGUUCAAAAGUAUCGUUCAAUAAGGAUGUAAGAUAGGCUAUAUAGAUGUUAGCCUCGGGGUUCUACAUAAUUUUCAUCGUCACAUUGCUGCAUAAUUCAGUAGUUUAUUCGGGGAAGGGUACUUUAUUAUAUAGAAUGAAACAAUAAAACAGAACAAAAUAAAACAA